UCCACGCACGGGAGCGCAAAGGAAAAUGUUGCUUGAAUCUUAAGGCUUCUGAAACGUCUGUAGUGGGUUACUACCCAGACUUCCAUCAUCAGCAUCUUCUUUUAUCCGCAGAAAGCAUCGUCAAGUGCCGAUGUAUCGAUGAAUUUCCUCGGGAAACUAACAAACGUCCUCCUGCUGGUGUUCCUCGCAGCGCAAGGCUGUUUUUCAUCUAAAGGGGAGGACAGAUUGUUCCGGAGGUUGUUCAGGAGGUACAACCAGUUCAUCCGACCAGUGGAGAAUGUAUCUGAUCCAGUCACAGUGGAGUUUGAGGUCUCCAUGUCUCAGCUGGUCAAAGUGGAUGAAGUGAAUCAGAUUAUGGAAACCAAUCUGUGGCUGAGACAUGUCUGGAACGACUACAAACUGAAAUGGGCCCCUAUUGAGUACGAUGGGAUUGAGUUCAUCCGAGUUCCAUCUAAUAAAAUUUGGAGGCCGGAUAUUGUUUUGUACAACAAUGCUGUAGGUGACUUUUUAGUGGAAGACAAGACCAAGGCUCUGCUGAAGUUUGAUGGCACCAUUACCUGGGUUCCUCCAGCUAUUUUCAAAUCCUCCUGCCCCAUGGAUAUCACCUACUUCCCCUUUGACUACCAGAACUGCUCCAUGAAGUUUGGUUCCUGGACAUACGACAAGGCCAAGAUCGACCUGGUGCUCAUUGGCUCAAAGGUGAACCUGAAAGACUUCUGGGAAAGUGGAGAGUGGGAGAUCAUCGACGCACCGGGAUACAAGCAUGACAUCAAGUACAACUGCUGCGAGGAGAUCUACCCGGACAUCACUUACUCCUUCUACAUCCGCCGUCUGCCUCUCUUCUACACCAUCAACCUGAUCAUCCCCUGCCUCCUCAUCUCCUUCCUCACAGUGCUGGUCUUCUACCUCCCGUCUGACUGCGGAGAGAAGGUCACCCUGUGUAUCUCUGUGCUCCUCUCCCUCACUGUGUUCCUGCUGGUCAUCACUGAGACCAUCCCUUCGACGUCACUCGUCAUCCCUCUGAUCGGCGAGUACCUCCUCUUCACCAUGAUCUUUGUCACGCUAAGCAUCGUCAUUACUGUCUUUGUGCUGAAUGUCCACUACCGCACUCCCAUGACUCACACAAUGCCGGAGUGGGUGAGGUCCGUGUUCCUCGGGGUGCUGCCCAGAGUAAUGCUAAUGAGGCGGCCUAUAGACCAGGGCUGCUCCUCCCCUGGCAGUAUUACAGGAGGAGGAGGAAGGAGCAGCAGGGGAAACAAGAAGAGAAAGAACAGCAUAGGAAGUGGCUCAGGAAGUGUAAGUAUUGGGGGUAUCACUGGGGGUGUAGCGUGUCCAUCGCUGGAUGGUGGGGCGGGAGGAGGAGGAGCGGCCGCCUCAGCAAGUGGUUCCAUGAACUGUGUGGAGUACGGCGAGAUUAACCGUGACCUGAACCGGGAUAUGAACAGAAGGUGCCCCUACAGAGGCAAGGAGGUACCGACUCCUGUCCCUCCCCCAACAGUGCCGCCACCUCCCCCUCCCCCUCCUCCUCCUCCCCCUCCUCCCCCACAGGCACCACCGACCCAGGGGCCCCAGGAGUCAGAGUUGCCCAAGGUGCCGAGGCCACUGAAUGUCACUUCGCCUGUCAGCGCUGUUGUUGCCUUCUCCGUAGUGUCACCAGAGAUCAAGCAGGCCAUAGAGAGCGUGAAGUACAUCGCAGAGAACAUGAGGACUCGCAACAAAGCCAAAGAGGUGGAGGACGACUGGAAGUACGUCGCCAUGGUCAUCGACAGGAUCUUCCUGUGGGUUUUUGUGACAGUGUGUGUGCUAGGAACAGUGGGACUCUUCCUCCAGCCUCUCAUCAGCUUCUUAAAAUGAGGAACUCGUCUUUGUCCCAUCUCUUUCCCUCUCUCUUUGUCUAGUUCUGUCUGUCUCUGUGCCCCACUUGAAUUACUUUGGGAAUUAUCCCUCCUGCAGCUCUAUCAAAUCAAACACUGAACUGUCUUCUUUCUCCUUCUCUGGCGUUUUGUCUCUCCAUGUUCUUCUCUGGGACUCCAUCAUCAGCCGUCACUUCUAGCUCUCAGCUGUCUGUUUCCUCACAUGACUUCUCCUGAUUUCCCCAUCUCAUCUUUGCCUUGCCCUCUCAAUGUGCACACAAUGCUGUUAUCCAGUCUCCUCCUCCCCAUCACAGUUUUUUUUCUGACAUGAUUAUCACAUCUGCUCUCCUUUCCACUUUCCCUCUCUCUGUUUUUCUCCUCUCCUGUGCCAUAAUAUACAGCUUAUCUGCUCACAGCGGUCUUCUCUCUCACAUUGUGUUCAAUCUUCUUUGCAUUUCCACUCUGUGUAUUUUACUGAACAUGUCCACUCAGUCAUUGUUAUUGUACAGUAUGUUUAACAAUGUCAGGUAAAAAGUAAAGUAAUAAUUAUUAUAAUGAUCGCUAUAGAAGAACUUCUUAACAUACACAUUGCUUAGAAAGAAGAAUCUGAAUACCUUUGUGAGUUUUGAAAAGUAGGACUUUGUCAUUGUAAGCCAGUGCAAUAAAAACAACACACUUUUGAGAAGUGCGGUUCAGUAUGUCCAUCUAUGAUUUCUAAGUUAAAGACAAGUACUGACAUUAGGUAAUAAUAUGUAUGAUGUUGUGAUGCGAAGGUCAUUUGAUGGCUGCCAUUUGCCUUUUCUUCUGUUGUGAGUCUUCUGUGUUUUCCUGUACAUACGUUUGUAAAAUACAAAAGAGUUAUGCAUGGCUUCUGAGAAGGAUGCUGACUAUGGCUGUACACAAUGGGAUUUCCACACUAAGUAUUAUUUAUGCAUUGCACAUGAGUGCACUACUUCACUGCAAACUUACAAUGUAUAGAAACACUUUGAACUGCACAAUGUAGAUUAAACUUGUAAAAAAUAUAUAAAAAGCCAAACUGUCUCAUGUUAUUUAAUAAUAAAGAAGGUC